AUGACACAGAUUAUCCAUAACGCCACCAUCCCCAAUAUCCCCGUGGACCAGCUCUACGACGGCAAGAUCACCGACUUCAUUCGAAGCGGAGGCCACUCCAACGAAACCAAGCCUUCGGUGAUCGAUGCCAAAACAGGCCAGACUCUUUCCCAGGCGGAAAUGUGGCAGCUGUCGGACAAGUACGCGGCACUUCUAAGCUCGCAGUACGGUCUAUGCAGACACAGAGACAACGAGCUGGACCCAUCCAUGGGAGAUGUGCUCAUCACCUUUUUUGGAAACGUGAUCCUCGCCCCUGUGGUCCAUUGGGCUGCUCUCGACCUCGGAGCAACCAUUUCUCCCGGAUCCACAGGCUACUCGGCCCAGGAUCUCGCUCACCAGUUCAGAGUCACCACUCCCAAGGUCGUUGUGUAUGCCAAGGCGUUCAAGGAUGUGGUGGACGAGGCUACGAAGCUGUACAACUCGCCCAACCCCCCCGCACUUGUUGAGCUCGAGGCGCUGGACAAACAGGCCCGAAUGGUUGGAAACCACAAGGUCGAACACACCCGAAAGAUCAAGCUGGCCCCCCACGAGUCGCGAACUCGAAUCGCGUACCUUGGCAUGUCUUCAGGUACCUCCGGAGGAGUUUCAAAGGCUGUCAGGCUCACCCAUUCCAAUCUCACGUCGUGUUCUGAAAUCUCUAACAAAGCCUCCGAGUCCCUCGCAACUGACCAGCAGAUCGCUGCCGCCAUUAUCCCCGUGUCUCAUCUGUUUGGACUGUCGAAAUUCCUCAUUGGCAACCCCCACGCCGGAGCCACCACUGUCUAUCACAAUGGGUUCGAUCUGAUCGAGGUGCUGGAGGCACAGAAGAAGUAUAAAGUCAACUCGUGGACCCUGGUACCCCCCAUCAUUGUACUGCUCACCAAACACCCCAUUGUCGAGAAGUACAUUCCUUCUCUCAGGGCCCACAUGCGAGCCAUCCUCUCGGGAGCUGCUCCUCUGGGUGCCAAUGUCACAGAGGCUCUUUUGACCAGAGUCACUGGCAACAAGUUUGGCGAGUCCCCCGAGGGCGGUCUGCGAAUCGUCCAGGGCUACGGACUUACAGAGACGUCUCCCGUAGCCACUCUGUUUGACCCCGAAGACAAGGAACGACACAUUAGGUCGUGUGGAAAGCUCGUGCCCAACUCGCAGGUUCGAAUUGUGAACGAAGACGGCGUUGAUCAGCCCGCCUACGAUGUGGACCCCAACGAGCUGGACGAGGCCAUCAAACAGGGCACUCUGCCAGUCGGAGAGCUUUGGAUCAGAGGUCCCCAGGUUAUGGACGGCUACCAUAACAACCCCGAGGCCAACGAAGCCUGUUUCGUCAAGGCUGACGAUGCUGAAGCAGAUACUGCCUACUAUAACAGACACUGGUUCCGAACCGGAGACGUUGCUCUGGUCGACAAGCAGGGCAGAUACAUGAUUGUGGACCGAACCAAGGAGAUGAUCAAGAGUCAGGGUAAGCAGGUUGCUCCUGCCGAGCUCGAAGACAUGCUCCUGGGACACGCACAGGUGGCAGAUACCGCAGUCAUUGGUAUUCAGGACGUGGAGAAGGGUAACGAGGCUCCCCGAGCUUUUGUUGUGCUCAAGGACCCGAAGUACGACGCUGUGGAGAUUAAAACAUGGCUGGACAAGCAGCUUCCCAAGUACAAGCAGCUUCAUGCUGGCAUCGUGGUGAUUGAUGCCAUUCCCAAGAACGCCAGUGGCAAGAUUCUGCGACGAUUGUUGCGUGCUAGAAAGGACGAUGUUGUUCUGGGUCUCAACAAGGCCAAGCUGUAA